AUGGAUCCUCCAGCGCAAGACGCAUGGCUCCAGUCGUAUCGCAAUUUUUCUCUUCGACGGCAGCCCAUCGACGAAUCGGCUCAGGUCCUUCCUCUCUCCACACUCCGGCGGAUUUUUAUGCUACAGGGUUCCGUUAAUUUUCUUCGCCAAUUUUCCCCUGAUAUCUUUCUAAAUUCAGCUCGUCGCGGCGAAUUUUGCUUCACCUAUGAAAACUCUUUUCCCCUGUGUCUUCGAAAAUGGACAGAUGCUUGAAUUCAAAUCUUCUUUUCCCAAUUUUCUUCUCAAAUAUAUCGCGCCUUGCCGGUCCCUUUCUUAUCAUCCCUGAUGUCUUAACAAUUUACUAGUCACCGUGUGCAAACCGCCAAUGUUUUUGGAGCGAUAGUAUCUGAUUAUUAUUCUUUGCUGUAAACAGGUCCCAGUACUAGUCACGAUAUCUAGAGUUAACCAAUUCGACGCGGCAAGAUUGGACGUAGAAAUGUCGGGCAUGCUGAAAGAACAGCUGGUCAAGGUCUUCUCGUUGAUGAAGGUCUAUAACUCUCUAUGCUAUUCUUGAAUUCCCAUCAUUGUUCGUCAUAUUUGUUACUUUACCUGUUUCAUCUAUUUCUCUGGGAUUAGCCAGGGUUCUUGUUUCAAUAUGAGCCAGAACUUGAUGCCUUUCUCGAGUUCCUCAUUUGGAGGUUCUCAAUUUGGGUGGACAAGCCGACUCCAGGGAAUGCUCUGAUGAAUCUAAGGUAUAGAGAUGAGCGCGUUGCAACCGCGCAGGGGAAGGAAGGUUAGUGAAGUUUGGCAUACUUCAAUGCCUUUUAUCUUUGUGAAAUUCUUGACUUCUUGUGUUGGUUGACUUCUUGAGGUUUAAAAGUCACUAUCCUCAGCUUGGGCAUCACAAGAUGCUGGGUUAUUAUGUUUAACUUUCUGAAGGUGUAUUUCAUUUAAGAAUUAUAGUGGAGAUAUUGUAUCCGAGAAAAGUAGGGUUUAGUAUUUUGGAGACUUAAACUAGUGUAACCCUUGACAGCCCAAAUGCAAAUAAUAUUUUGAUUCAAAUCCUAUCAUCCUAUGAACACAUUAUUUUAAAAUUUGAAGCUUGGCAAUCGUAUGAAGAUAGUAUUAACUAUCUGGGGUGAUUCCAUUAAGGUCUUUCUGAUGAAUUGCAGCUUUCACUAAGUUUUGUAAAGUUGCUAUUGCAAUAGGUGGCUUUUACUUCAUUCCAUCUCCUGAUGGUGCAUUUAUGCAACCUGCUCUUGCAUGCAACUGCUAGGGAAGUGUAUGAAGUAUGGAUAAUCGAACUAAUUAAGCAUUUAUCCCUCCCGUUUUAUUUCAAAUGCUUUUAUGAUACAAAGAACAAUUUAUAAAUUGGACCUUCGAUUACAUGACGAUAAUUGCAUUACAUUUGUGGGACGAUCCUAUCAAGAUCGGCCUGGUGAAUAGUGUAUUUCAUUAUCUUCAAUAAAGUUAUAGUCAUGAUAGAAGGCUAACACUUCCUCUCCACCUGUUAAUGAUUUGUUUAUGUUACGUACUCUUGUAUGUGGUAUAAUGGAGCAUAUGAAUUUUGGAACACUAAAACAUGUGCUCGAUAAUGUGUUUUUUAAUCCCAUUUUGACUUUAAAUGCUUCACUGUUACAAAGAAAAUUUCGUAGACAAAAGACGAUUGCAAUACUUACAUAGGAGGAUGCCAUCAAGGUCGUCCUGAUGAAUAGGGGCUUUCACAAACUUUAAUAUGGUUAGCUUAUAAUGCAAUGUUAAGUUUCGCACUCCCCUUAUAGCUUUAUAUGUGCAUAAUGAUCGAAGCCUGUUUUCAAAGGCAUUUUAAUUGUGUCAGUAUCACUGUGCAGUGGAAGAUAAAUCAUGGAAUAGGAUACUUUGCGAGAUGUUGCCUUUUAUAAUCUGAUUUUCCUGUGCAAAUAGGCAUAUAUGAAAAAAUGGAAUCUGUAAAACACUCUGGUGAGACAACCUGUCAUGUUGGUGGCUUUCGUCUGUGCGUCAUCAACCUGGAAUCUUAUAAGAGGAAGAAGAAAAAGGACAAGGCUAGUUUCAGGUUAUUGGGAAGUAUAGUAUUAAAUAGGUGUGUUAUGGUGGAAAAAACCAGUACUCCUGACGUUAUCAGUAUGUGUAAAACUCUAGAUUGUGCGAGAUGCCUGUUAGAUUGUGUAGUCCUUCGUUAUGGUCAGAGUAUCAAUCUUUAACCGGAAAAGCUGCAAUCUUGUCUUCUCUAAUGCUGGAUUGCCAUACAUCUUGAAUUCGGAAGCUUAUGUAUGGCAUGUCUGGAGAAGAUAUAUUCCAGAUAUAUUCCAGAAGUAUUCAAAGUUUCUGUUUGGAAUCAUUCCGUGUGUGGUUGACUCAUUGUAAAACUUGUCGUAUUUCAGUAAGAACGGGUCUCGAAGGACCUGGCCUUUCUAUUUCUCAGAAAAUUUGGUAUUGCCUUGCAACGGUCGGCGGCCAGUACAUAUGGGCCCGGUUACAGUCAUUUUCUGCUUUUCGGAGAUGGGGCGAUCUGGAUCAGGCAAGUGUAUGGUUUAUGAAAAAUUAUAGAGUAUCCGAUUUCUAUCUUUAAGUGGGAGACUUAUGUUGUUGUCUGAUGAUGUAGAGAUCUUCGGCGAGACGAGUUUGGGUUUUAACACAACGCUUGGAAGGGUUCUAUCGAGCAGCUGCAUUUAGUAACCUGCUGGUAUUCCUCUUUACUGGAAGGUGACUUACUAUCCUUUAUAAUUCUGCGGGAAGCUCAUUUUUAGAUUUUUAUUGCAAGCUUUGAAAUUCACGCUGCAUAAAUUAUAAAUAAUUCAUUUUUUUGUUGGAAAGAUUGAUUACGUUAAUUGAUAUAUUGGAAAUCCUUUGACGAACAGCCUAAUUGGAUUUCGAGAGAUCAUUUCAUCUGUCUCAGACUCUACAUGGCACAGAUGGCAAUUUCAUUUCUAGUUCCCCGUCAUUUUCUUGGCCUAUUCUUGCUUUGGCGAUGGCAGAAUUAGAUAUCGUAGGAUGGAUAUCUGCUCUUUCGGAUUCACCUUCUUUGCUGACGUAAAAUUUCUUGGUUUUUGAUGCAGGUAUCGCAGCAUCAUAGAGAGAGUUCUAAGAGCACGGCUUGUGUACGGAAGCCCCCACAUGAACCGAGCUGUUAGCUUUGAGUAUAUGAAUCGGCAAUUAGUUUGGAAUGAAUUCUCGGUAUGUCUUCUUACCGUGACAUGCUCCAAAUUAGUUUCUUACUGAACUGCUGAAAAAUUGAUCUCGGAUAAAGGGGCCUAAUGGUUCCAGGUUUAUAAAUUGCGAUCUUUUGGUCAUCCCCCUUUUUUGAGUAUACUUCGCUCGCGAUUGCUUAUUGAACGUCUAUUUCAAUGCAUGCUUUGAGAAGUAGUCACUCCAAUCGAACCUAACUCUAUCCUUUUUGAAUAAAUUUGCAGGAAAUGUUGCUUUUGCUGCUUCCUCUUCUCAACUCUUCUUCAAUCAGGAAGUUUCUUCUUCCAUUUUCUAAAGAUAAAUCAUCCAGUUCAUCUGAUGAUGAUUUGGCAUGCCCCAUUUGCCAGUUAAAUCCUACAAUCCCUUUUCUGGCUCUCCCAUGUCAGCACAGGUAUGAUCUCUCUACGUCAAUUCCUGUCUCCAUCUCUCUCUCUCACUGUAUGUACGCUAUCACUUAGUUGAUUUGUCUUUUGCAUUUUCCGAAGGAACAUUAGUUUCAAAUUCCUGAAAAAUUUAUACGAAAUGAUUGCAUUGUUUUCUGUCAAAGUUCUCUGUAUUUAUCUCGACUUAUAGUGGUUAAUUUAAUUAAGGGAUUAACCAUAAAUGUUUGACGAAAAAAUGUCGUACAGACCAUUUCAGAGUAUGUGUAUAUAUACCGUGGUUGGACCGUAAGAAGCUGAUUAUCUUAAAUUUAGGAAGGUGUUUGGUUUCCAUUUUAGUCCCUAAACGACUGAAAUAUCAUAUGACCAAAUGCUCAGAUAUCUUCAACUGCAUGAGAUUAUGGCAAAAUAAAAAUAACAUGGCCACCUAUGUUUUCUACAUAUGGAUACUGCUUCAUUCAACAACACAAGCCCCAAUGUUCUAAAUAAUCUUCCGUGAAUCUGGUGACAGUAAUGUGCCUGCUAGUAACUCGAAACAAGUUUUUUUAAUGCAUUUUCAAAAUUAAUCUUUUCUAGUUCUUAGCGACCUCCAUAAUUAUAGUUUACAUACAUGAGCAUAAAACAUCUUGGAGCAAGGAAUCAAAUAUACCAGUACAGUUUCUGGGCGAUGGAGAUUAUCUGGAGGGAAAAGAAGGAUCUUGGCCAUCACUGGCCCAGUAUGUCACUGAGGGGCUAUGGAGAUUCAGAUGCUAUUCUUAUUUAUAACCCGCCAAUGAUAAGACUCGGCAGUUUGGUUUAGCCUGUGGACAGACCGCUCUUAGCUAUGCAGGAUGUCUCAUGCUUUUGCUUUGAUCUCAGUAAAUUUCGUUAUUCGUGUGAACAUGAUAUGAUCUAGGAAAAGUAGUGACAUAAAUUGUUCAGUUUGGUGUGAGAUGGUUUAAACUAAAAAGUCAAUCUUGUUUCCCAGGUUCUGCUACUACUGCCUUAGGACCAGAUGUGCGGCCUCUUCUGUGUUUAGAUGCCCUCGAUGCAAUGAACCUGUUCUUGCCAUGCAACGCCAGGCAUCUGCAGACCCCGGCACUGGUUCAAGUGAAGGACAGCAUGGAUGA